AUGGAGAAUAACGAAGUAAAACAUGCUAUUUUUGACCUCGACGGAACCUUGUUGGAUACGGAAACGAUUUAUUACGAAAUUUUAACCACUCUUUUUGAAGAAUUUGGGUCGAAUUAUUCUUGGGAAAUUCAUAGUAAGCAAGCGGAUUCUACUCGGGAUGAGUCUAAUCGUAUAUUAAUUAGAGAAAUAAAUCAGCAAAGAGAAAGACAAAGUAAAGAACCUUUAUCAGAAAAGGAAAUCGAAGAAUUUAAAGAAUUUCGCGAAAAAAAUAAGGAAACUUUUUCUUCAGUUAAAUUCAUGAUCAAUGCUGAGGAUUUAGUAAAAUAUUUUUCAAGCAACAACAUUAAUAUUGCUUUGGCCACCAGUUCGAGACGUAAAAAUUAUUCUCUCAAAACCGAAAAUAAGGAAUUAUUUAAACUAUUCGGUGACAAUGUUGUGUGUGGAAAUGAGGUAGGAAAAAGCAAACCAGAACCCGAUAUAUUUAUUGCCGCUUUGAGGAAAAUGUUAGGAGCAGACGCUUCAAAAGAAGCAGAUUCUAGUCUUUUCGCUAAAUGUUUGGUUUUUGAGAACUCCGUUCAAGGAGUUAAGGCGGCUCUGGCGGCAGGAAUGAAAGUGGUUUGGGUUCAAGAUCCAAGAAUGAAUUACGAUGAAAAAAAUAGAUUACACAGUAGUGCAUCUGCUAAGCAAAUUGAAGAAGCCUAUAAAAAAAUUGUUGAAAAGAAGAGAAGAAAUAAAAAUUAUUUUGUACUUGAAAAAAGAACGCAAGAGUAUGAACUGGCUCAUAGCAUCCUAUCUAAUACAAAAUUGAGAAGUGAAUAUGAUCGACAAGAAAACUUCUCCAAAGAUUUUAUUAAAAACUAUAAAAAAGACUUCGCUGGAAUAACUAAUGAAGAAAAACUUAAUGAGUACUACAAUAAACAUAUUCUGAACCGACUGGGUUCAGUUCCGAUGGAUGUCAACUAUCAGCAAGUGGAUAUAAAUAUGGAUAACAUGGAUAUUGAUCACGAGGCAGAUAUUGACAAUAAAAAAAGAGAAUACAGAGAACUAGAAAAGGAAAAAAAUGAAAUAAUAGAAAAAAUUAAGACCAAAACGAAAGGGGAGGUAGAGGGCGUUGAUGAAAAACCGCAUCCCCAGAAAGGAACCGGACGAGCACGUUCUGGUUCGCCUUACAACCCUCAAAAUCGGGGAGGGGGGAUAACCUUUGGACCAACGGGUCAAGAAAGUCGUUCUUUGGAUAUUAAUAAAAAAUUCAAGCAAAGUGUCUUUCAAUCGCUUUUGGGAGAAAAAAUGAGAAAAAAAGAGAUAAUAAUUGUGGAUAAAAUAGCGUUUGCUAAUUACAAAACCAAAGAGGCUGAAAAAUUCCUUGUCUUUUUGCCAGUUAAAAAGACCUCAAUUCUGCUUGUGCUAUCCAACGAGGAAGAAAAUAAAGAAAAAAUAAUUUAUUCUUUUCGUAAUCUGUCUUAUGCCAAGGUUAGCGAUAGUAAAUUGGUCAAUUUCUCGCAAGUAUUAUCUUCUAAUUAUCUCGUUUUUACCCAUUCGGCUUUUUCGGAAGUAGAAAAAAGAUUGGGUUAA